CGUGCUUCUUAAGACCCAGACAAUAUGGUUUUCUCUCAGACUCUCCGCCGCGCCGCGGCCCAGAACGCCGGUGCUUACCGCUCCCCUUUCGCUCCUAAGUACUACACUCCCCUUCACUGGCACGGCCUGACCACCGGUACUGCCACCAAGUACGCUACCAUUGCCAGCACUUUCGGUGUCGCCGCUGGUACCUUCGCCCUGUUCUUCUUCGGCGAGAUCCCCCGUGUCCGCCGUGAUAUCCUCCAGAAGGUUCCUUUCCUCGAUGAGUACUUCGACCGCACGAUCGCUCCCGAGGACAACCCCUUCUAAAUUGGUGCCGUAUGGGAUAUGCUUUUCCGAUCAUCUGUAAGACUCCACAUGGAUAUGCUACGUCGGACAGAUGGUGGAGAAAAGAUGGUGCUGUACGUGUAGAAUAGCGAUGAGUUUCUGAUAGCACAUAGAUACUGGCUGCUUUAUCUAUUUCUCUAGUAACCAUAAGCGCUGUUUCUCCGUAUUUAGCACGGAUUCAAACUCGAUGGUGUCGGCAUAAGUGAAGGCAAGCUUUAGUGGCCUCAGAGUUCCCGCCCUGGACUUGUUCACUUCGUCUCUCUUCUCCCCACCAUUCGACGAGACCACUCGACGCACCCUCGCAUAGACGUUGAUACGAAGAUACGCC